AUGCCGAUGAAGCUGCGCGUCCAAAUUGGCAGCAAUGCGCAAGACCUCCAAACAGCCUGGGUCAACUGCGAAGACAAGCCUACCGAAGUCGAGAAUGACUACUGGAUUGGCCGUGUCUUUGUCCGUGUGCGCGACUUUGAUGGCCUCACACCCGAUGGGUCACUGCCGCAGUCGCACUCGCCGUACUUUGAGGGACGUAACAGGAAGUUCCAUAUACAGGCAGAAGGCAGGUUCAAGAAGCCAUACAAUGGAGAUCAAGUCUGGUUUGGUACACAGUUUGACCACAUGAUUGACAACUUCCCGGAGACGCUCUUCAAUACAGGCAUGCGCAUUGCCAAGUAUAUCGAUCCAGCGACAUUUUACGACAAGGCCUCUGCACAACCCUACAUCAUGUCUCCCUACCUGGCUUGCGUCAAUACACUCAGCGCAUGGCCCGCGCCGAGUCGCGCCCACGAUGCUGUCCUCACCCUCGAGAAUGGUCAAGCGCCCACUGAGUCUGACGACGAGCACAACGAAGACGACGUUCCCGUCGCUCAAGUUGAACACACAAAGAAGCAAGCCAUUGCGAAACCGAUCCGGUACUGGUCAUUUGCUGGUUUUAGGGAAGAUGAGACGGGUAAUACAUUGACACGCAAGAUGUCGCGAUCCUCACAACUUUCACAAGUCCCCACAGAGCCUGGGGAGGAUGGCAGACCUCGUUCUGGGUCUGUUGUUACGACAGUCUCUGCGCGAUUCAAUCCUGAUGCAGCUGUGGUCUCAGGACACCCCUCACACCCACAUGCACUGCGUCGUCUUGGUUCCUACUCGAGGCUUGGUGGUCCGUCUGAGGCAGAGGGCACAUCACCAGCAGCAGCAUUCCACAGUCACAGUUUGACGGUGUAUCCUGAAAUUUCAAGUGAAGAUGAAGAUGACGAUGGCAUGUCCUUCCACACUGCCUUUGAAGACCAGUACGAGGAGGUGGUUGCAGCCGAUGGAACAAAAGUGGUCAAGAAGAAGAAAGGCUUGUCUGUGAAGAAAGUGCGUAAAUCACUGCACAUUCCCUCAGCCAAGACGAUUGAGCGCAACAUGCGCAGUCUCAGCAUCAAGCGUAAAGAUAAAGCCAAGCCACCCAAGUCAACCGUGCCUGGUAGUGUUGCAAGUGAUGAACGCAAGUCUGGCGAGGAGAGUCGUGGUGGGAGUCGUCGGUCGCUUGACUUGAUGCGGCCAUUCAGAUCGUCGCACAAGCAUGACAAGGAAGCCAGCACACCGCCGUCGAGCAGUACAUCGACCACCAGACAUUCUAUCGCACUUGAUCAUGAUAUUGCUGCACGUCAACGUGCUGCUGUCGGAGCGACACCUGCAUUGCCCAGCAUUCAAACCACACAGCUGCCUGCCGGUUCUGAAGCGCGUGCUCCACAUAGUGCUGGUCCCACACUGAGUACAAGCGACGCUCCCGUCUUGUCAAAAACUCCAUUGCGAGUGCUGCCAGAAAAUGGAGUCGAUGACGCUACACACGAUUCGACAGAGAGAAUCGCACCACUCUCACACAGUGACCGUAAGGAUAGUAUCAAGACUCAAGCAUCGGCGUCUGCACUGUCGACAACGAGCAGUGGACUCGCGAGCGAGAGUGAUGGUCUUGCCACCAGAUCGACGACAGAGCAAUCUCUUGCUUCCUCAGCAACACCCGCUUCUCCACGUGUAAGCACGUCUGGUCCGACGAGUGGUUCACGAUUCCCGAGUAAAACGGCCGGUGCUCAACAACAGAUUCGUGCAGAUGCACUCGCUAUCUCGGAUGCCUCAAAAUUAAGCCGCAUCUCGCACCGUUUCGACGAACAGCUUGGCCCAUGGCGAUUCAGCAAUCCCGCUAUUGAACCGAUUGAAGACACUGCGUUCAUCGAUGGUGGCGCCUUGGAAACAGUCAAGGACCGGCGUCGGCAUUUUGCGAAAUCCAAGGAGAAUCGGGAGGAUUUCGAAUUCGAUGUGGAUAUUGUCUAUUGCAUGAGUUUCUUCCUGCCUUAUAUGAACUUCAACACUUUUGACAUCAAGUUGGGGCCACUAGGUACGAAUCUGCGGAAGUACGUACAGGACCAGCCGGUCAGGUAUAUGGCACGGUCGGCAGAUGACCCCUCAGAGGUGUUUUUCCUCAUCAAUUUCGAGUUGGUGGAGGUUUAG